UUAUUUCCGGCACAAUGAAGGGACGCGUCCAAGAAACCUACUUUUAGCCAAGAGCGGAUUCUUAAUACUACUAAUAAUAACCGCAGGCAGACAUUGUUGUACACACCAUGGUUUAUUUGGCUGUCAGUGCAGUGAGGUCCUCGGUGUCUUUACGAAAGCUGUGCGCGACGACGCGGAGGUUGGCUCCACUCGCCCGGGUCGCCCGCCGCUCGUCCGCGGGUGCAGACCCGCCUGCCGCCUCUACCCCGCCGGAGAGCGGCCGUGACGGCGGCCCCCCCGCGCCGCCCGCCUACUGCUGCAUGAGCGGCUGUCACAACUGCGUAUGGAUCGAACACGCCCAGCAGCUUCUGGCCUACUACAACGACGACGACGGCGAGGAGCGGGCGCUGGCCGCCAUCGAGGAGAACGUCCUGGACGACAACCUGAAGGCCUACUUGAAGAUGGAGAUCAGACACCUGAGGAGGACGUGACGUCACACGUCCUCCCACGGGCCAUGUUUGAUCUUCCUGAUGGAGAAGAAGAUCGAUGGAAGUGAAAUGUUGGAAAUAUUACUUCCACUCUUGGUUGUUGCACUUGAAGUAUUUAUUGUCUGCAUCUCAUUUAGGACUUUUUAAAGUUGUGUUCUCAGCUCAAGAACUUCAAACUGCCUGUCACCAUGGCAACAGCUGUUAUGACUUAAAUCAAAAGGUGUGUGUGAUCCUCAUCCCCUCCUGAGUCAGCGCUGGUCAGGAUUCAGGCGGGAAUCUGACUUUUAAAAAAUAAAAUAACACUUCUUUGAAUGAAA